AUGUUGCUAACUUUUGAGACCGUCAAACGCCUCCAGCAUCAUCGUGAUGUCUCUCCUCACGGCAACCUUCGCCCUGCCGACUCCGAUGUCCAGCCAUUUCCUUUUCCGAAGCAAUCCUUCGAUUUCUCCUUGCAUGCGAAAUCAGAGAACGCAUACCCGCUUUAUGUUUCUUCUCUCUCUCAAUCUAUGAAUCAUCGUCUACGAAUUCAGCUAAAAGACUCAAGCUCCACCUGGUUUGUAAACCCAGUUUGUGCCCUCUGGGUAGGAGACUGCGCUUUUGCUUUUCAUGAUUGA